UAACUUUUCAUUGGCUUCUGAUUUUGAUUAUUUCGAUUGGUUGGAAAAUCUUAUCUUUCAAAGAAAUGACGCUUUAUUUGUUUGCUUUGCCUUGUACUGCGAAUAAAAUAAUACCAACACACAAUUGCAAUCAUUGGAGUAAGCAAAGAAUGGUAAACUAUAGAGGAAAAUUCAGUCGUUUUGGUGAAUCGUUGAGCAACUGCAAACGACAGCACAACUAUUCAACUCGUGGAAACAUAGUUAUGGGAGGCGGUGUACCCAAAGUACCUUACAAAGCCCCUGGUCAACAAAACUAUGAAUUCAUAGAUAUAUUUAACCGUUUCUAUAGAGAAAGAAUUAUAUAUGUGGGUCAGGAAAUUGACGAAGAUCAGGCAAACCAAAUUAUUGCGAUACUAUUAUUUCUACAAAGUGAAGACGACCAAGCUGAAGUUCAAAUGUAUAUCAACUGUCCUGGAGGUUUUGUAACUCCUGGUCUAGCAGUCUAUGAUUGUAUGUGUUCAGUUCGUUAUCCUAUUGUGACAGUAAACUUGGGAAUGGCUGCGUCUAUGGGAGCUUUUCUAGCAGCUGCAGGUACGCCAGGAAGACGAUUUGCUUUGCCCAACUCUAGAUAUUUACUUCAGCAGCCGCUUGCUCCUGAUAAUAUCAAGGGUCAAGCCAAAGAUGUUGAGAUUGAAGCAGUUCAGAUUUUGCGUCAGAGGGAGAUGUUGUUUGAAAGUUAUGCAAAGUUUUCGAAACAGUCCAUUGAAAGGAUAAGAGAUGACUUACGACGUGAUCUGUACUUGACUGCAUAUGAAGCAAGAGAAUACGGACUUGUGGAUAAGGUGUUGACUCCUCGUCCAAAAGGAUUGGUUAUGAAGAGUACUGGUGUAGGAGAGCCUAUAUUAUAGGAUGACUAAAAUUUCAGGAAACUUGGUAAGGAGAAUAAAAUAAAUAUAAAUGACAAGGAUAGACAUAUCGGAUAUACUCACUGAUUCCAGUUUAUAUUUCUCAUUGCUUCAAAUAAUAAAAUACAGAAUGACCAAUCUUCAGGU